AUGUCCAAAGUUAAGCGGAUAGCUAUUAUCGGCGCCGGCCCAGCCGGUGCCAUCUCGAUAGACGCCUUUGCCCAAGAACAGGCAUUCGAUGUUAUUCGAGUCUUUGAGAGAAGAGAACGACCGGGCGGCUGUUGGCUGUUCGAUCAAACACCUCCGCCGCCGCUCUCCGAUUUCGAGAAACUUGCUAAGCGCACCGCAGACACGCCGCUGGCUGUACCGAAAUCCUUACCAGCACAGAUUCGACCGCAGAAGAUACACAGGUACGAUGACACGCCUGUGUAUCCGUAUCUUGAAACGAACAUCGAUGCGGCGGUAAUGGAAUUCUCGCAGGAGCCGAUUCCUGCGCAGCGGUCUGAUCGUUCCAUCUCCCUUCACGGGAGUGACACACCUUUCCGCUCGCAUGAGGUGAUCCGGCAGUACAUCGAGGAUCUGAUUAUUAGGAACGGCUAUAAGGACUUUGUGGAGUAUGACACCACGGUAGAGCGUGUUGAAAAGGAUGGAGAUGAAUGGCGGGUCGUGCUUCGGAAGAGUGGAGAAAAGGUGGACUACUGGUGGGAGGAGCGUUUCGACGCUGUUGUUGUAGCAAAUGGGCACUACUCUGUGCCAUACGUUCCCACAAUUCGAGGCCUGAAGGAGUUGGCAGAGCUUUAUCCUGGAUCUGUAGAGCAUAGCAAAGCUUACAGAGGUCGAGAGAAGUACAGAGGCAAGAGGGUUAUUAUCGUCGGCGCGUCUGUGUCUGGAGCUGACGCUGCGGUGGAUGUCCUCGGAGUUGCGCAGCCACCUGUCUUCGCCGCUAUAAAAGGCCAUAAGCCAAAUCUAUAUUUCGGGGACGCGGCUUUCGACCACCCAGAUAUCGUCAAAGUGCCGUCAAUUUCACGCAUAGAUCCGCACAGCAGGUCCGUCUUCUUUGAGGAUGGAACGAUUGUCGAGAACGUGGACCACAUCAUACUUGCAACUGGGUACUCGUGGUCACUACCGUUUCUCCCCAACAUCCCAAUUCGCAACAAUCGUGUACCGGACCUAUUCCUCCACAUUUUCCAUCAAUCAGACCCAACACUGGUAUUCAUCGGCGCAGUAGCAGCUGGUCUGACGUUUAAAGUCUACGAAUGGCAGUCGGUGCUCGCGGCAAGAGUGCUGGCCGGACGAGCAAAGCUGCCUCCGGUUCAAGAACAGGAGUCAUGGGAGGCUGAGAGAAUAAAACAGAAGGGCGAUGGCGUACCCUUUACUGCACUCUGGCCGAAAUUUGAUGAGUACUUCGAGACUGUGCGUGCCCUUGCCGGCGAGCCGGGCGAAGGACGGCCAGGGCGAAGGCUACCGCAAUUCGACCACAAUUGGGUCCGGAUCUUUGUUGAGGGGCAUCAACGCAGAAUUGACAUGUGGAAGAAUGCAAACUCGGAAGCAUGCCAGAGGAAAGAGAAAGCUGCGGCCAAAUUGGCAAGGCUAUAA